AUGGAGCUGACACGAGCUACCGAUGCGGGACCCACGCUAGUUGGAGGCACAGGUGGUGGAUCGGGGGUCCGAGGUCCACAGCCUUACAUGCAGCCAAAGCCGUCCAACAUUCGUUAUAAUCCACGGAUGUACGACGGAGGCGUUCUGCCCCGUAUUGAGUGGGACGAUGAGCCGGUGCGACUACCCGAUUAUGAACCAAUAGAUCAGUGGGCACCGCACCGCGCCUACUUCGGACAAAACGACUAUAUUGACAUCCUUGGGGAUGGUAGACUUGGGCCUGCUGAUUUCUAUACAGGACCAUCCUGGGCACUCAAUGCCAGAAACGAGUUCCAACGCGUUUGUCGCCUCCUUUACGACCCAGCAGUGGUAGCUUGGUUGGAAGAGUUUGAGCCUACUCGACUGAAAGAUCUUAGGAAGAGGCAUAAGUUCCUGUAUACUCGGGUGAACAAGCGGAAAAAUAUCAAGUUUAAGCGUUUCCGUGACGCCCCCUAA